GGUCUGUUGCGUUCAUCACGCUGAAGUACUUUUUUGGGUUUAUUAGGGAAAACCUUGGGUAGCUGCUGUAACUCCGUAACUAAUCCCCAGUUCUCUUAGACUGUCCAAAGAAUACCAUUAAAUAUUAAAAUAACGUUACUUUGUAUUUAUCAGAAACAAUUCAAAUAACAAGAAAAAGAAAGAAAUAGAAUGAUGGCUCUAACAUCAUCUUUAUUCUUCUUUACGUUGAUCCUAACAUCCAGCUUAGUUGCAAAAAAUGCUGAAGCUCGUCCUAAAUUCUGGGAGUCAGGCAAUUAUGCUCCAAUUCUGAACGAUGAAUACAAGAGCGCACAGUAUAAUGCAAGAUUACAAAGAGAAUUGGCAAACAACGUGGCUUUGCUAUUGGCUGGAGAUGAAGACCUACCAUGGCCACCUUACGGAGGCAGAUUUGUGCAGAGUAAGCGGCAGAUCCGGUACAACCAGUGUUACUUCAAUCCAAUUUCCUGCUUUCGCAAACGAAAAUGAGUUCUCACAAAGCAUGAGAUCCUGAUUAACAAGCUUAAGUUAUAUCAACAAAUUAGAAAUGCACAAAUGAACGUCAAAUCUCUUUAAAACAUAGUAAUAUUGUUAAAAAUGUUUGUUAAACGGAUUCUCCAAGCCUCUUAAAGAUUUUAAAGUUUUGUUUCAGUGUUGCUAUAACUGGAUAAUACAUUUUCUGUAAAUGUUCAUUGAGUUAUUAUUGCUUCAGGUAGUUUCUUCCGUUCAAACAUUACUGUUACAAAAAACCUAUUUACAAUCAUACUUGUUUCUCCACUGUAGACGAUGUUGUUUGAAAUAAAAAUGCUAGAAUCAAAA